AUGAUAGUGGAGCAUGUGGUGAGAAGUGAAUCACCAGUGUCAGUGAUGAAUGCAUCAUUUAGACUUAGACAGUUCUCUGGUAAAACUCUAUGUCCAAGUCAUGAAGUAGACUUUGACACAUGGCGAAAUAGUGUUGAACUCAUUCUCAAGGAUCCAGCUCUGUCUGAUUUACAGCACUCAAGGAGGAUUUUAGACAGUUUAGUGCCACCAGCGGCUAAUGUUGUGAAACCUUUAGGCCCAAAUGCUUUACUAGCUGCUUAUCUCAAACUCCUAGAUUCAGCAUUUGGAAUUGUGGAAGAUGGUGAUGAGCUUUUUGCUGUGUUCCUCAGCACGCUGCAAGAUUCUGGAGAGAAGCCCUCCCAGUAUCUGCACAGACUUCAAACAGUUCUCACCCAAGCACUUAAGAGAGGUGGUGUAUCAGCUAAUGAAGUUGACCGGCAUCUACUGCGUCAGUUCUGUCGUGGGUGCUGGGAUAAUGUGUUAAUAGCUGAUCUCCAGCUUGAGCGUAAGAAAGACAAACCCCCUCCAUUCUCUGAGUUACUGUUGCAACUUCGCGUAGAAGAUAAGCAAAGUACAAAAGAAACCUGCAAGAAGAAGCACCUUGGUGCAGCAAAGCAGAAAGCCAGUGCACAUCUGCUAGCUGCAAGCUCUCUUGAAAAUGACACAUCAAUAGAGAAUGACAUCACUGAAAUGAAAAAGCAAGUCACUGAGCUACAGAGUCAACUCGCUCAACUAAAAACACUAAAAGCUGAGUCAAAUGAAUCUUCACCAAAGACUGUUGUUACUGAGUUAAAGAAGAAAGUCACUGAGCUUCAGAGCCAGCUCACAAGCAGAAAAAUCCAGAAAAACACACCAAAGAAAAAGACCAAUGCAUCAAAGCCUGGUGCAAAGCAUCAACCAAUGAGCAAAGAGCCUGGAAGUUCCCCAGCUGUGGACAAAAGGCCUAGUAACAGACCAAGGCCCUGGCACUGUUUUCAGUGUGGUGAGGAUGGCCAUAUUGUCUCUGUCUGUCCUAAUGAGUCAAAUCCGUCAUUAGUAGCUGCUAAGAAGGCACAGCUGAAAGAAAAGCAAUCUCUUUGGGACAGUCAGAAUGGCUCAACCUCUUCUCAGCAUUUAAACUGA